UAGAAACCAAACGCAUCUGAUCUGAAGGAACAGAACGAGAAGCAGAAGCGAUGACGAGCAGCAGCAGCAGCAGGGUGUGCGUCACAGGAGCCAGCGGCUACAUCGCGACGUGCCUCAUCAAGAAGCUGCUGCAGCGAGGCUGCGUCGUGCAUGCGACCUUGAGAAAUCUCGGAGAUGAGAAGAAGACGGCGCCGUUGAGAGAGCUCCCUGGCGCGGCGGAGCGGCUGGUGCUGUUCGAGGCGGACAUGUACGACGCCGACACCUUCGAGCCGGCCAUCGCCGGCUGCGAGUUCGUCUUCCUCCUCGCCACCCCGCUGCAGCACGACCCUCGCAGUACCAAGUACAAGAACACCACUGAAGCCGCGGUGGACGCGAUGCGCAUCAUCCUGCAGCAAUGCGAGCGGUCAAAGACGGUGCGGCGCGUCAUCCACACGGCCUCCGUCACCGCCGCGUCGCCGCUCCGGGAGGACGGCGGCGAGGGGUACAAGGACUUCAUCAACGAGUCAUGCUGGACUCCUCUCGAUCACUCCCACAGCUACAACAACACCAUGGUGGAUGUACUAUCUCCGUUUCACAGUGAUUAUUCUUCAUCCAAGACGCUCACAGAGAAGCUGCUGCUAAGGUACAACGAGUCCGAGAGCAGGGCGUUCGAGGUGGUCACCCUGGCGUGCGCGCUCGUCGGCGGCGACGCCGACACCACCCAGCUCUACCACUCGCUCAGCGUGCCGGUGAUCGUGUCGCCGCUCACCGGCGACGAGUCAUGCCACAACACCCUCAAGUUCUUGCAGGCCCUGAUAGGUUCGGUGCCACUGGCACACAUCGAGGACAUCUGCGAGGCGCAUAUCUUCUGCGCGGAGCAGCCGUCCAUCGCCGGCCGCUUCCUCUGCGCCGUUGGGUACCCCAAUAUGCAGGAUUACGUCGAUCACUUCGUCACCAAAUACCCAGAGAUCACGAUAAAACUCAAAGAGGUGGUAGGCAAGGACGUGAGGGUGCAAGCGGAUACAAAUAAGCUUGUGGAUUUAGGUUUCAAGUACAAGUAUGGGGUGGAGGAGACGUUGAUCUGCAGCGUCGAAUGCGCCAAGAGGUUGGGAUUGCUCUGAUACGGAUGAACUGCGCACCGACCUACUACUAUAAUCACUAAAUACCCAUGCUUACAAAAUAUAUAUACCAUAGUACGUUUUAAUGAGGAAAAAUAAAUAAAAUAUAGUUUUGCCUCAGCUGUGUUAUUUCCUGCUUUGCUGGAAGGAUUGCUCACUUUGAUCAUGUGUAUACGUGACAACACAUUUAUAUUUGAUAUAUAUCAUAGAACAAUAAAAGCUAUGGUGGGAA